GGUUGAUGCAAAUGGUGCAGAAUUGUCCGAUGACGGGCCGAUCGAAGCGCUACGAUCGGCCCCAUAUCGUGCUCAAUCGGUCCGAUAAUCGGGCCGAUGAUCGGACCGAUACGGGUCGACAAAUUUCAUAGGGGAGCUGUGUAGAAAACGGGUAUUUGUGGUACUCAUAAAUGGGUAUUUAUUCUGAUUCCAUCUAGUUUUCCGACACUCGUGUCAAGUUUUAGUUUUCGUAAAAUGUCAACAAAAUUAUUAUCGUCAAUAGAGAACCACAUUCUUUUUCAGUACGCGUCCUAUCUAACAGAACAAUGCAUUCGGCAGGAUGAAAACAAGAUUGACCUGUCACAUCUAAAGCUUCACAAACUCCCUUUUGAGCUGAAAAAAGUUACAUUUCUUUCCAAACUAUCACUGGAGGGUAAUUUUCUACAAUCCGAAUCGGUCACCGUACUCAGCCACUUAAAGUUUCUCCGUUAUCUAACUCUCAACAACAAUCGACUGACGAAGUUCCCCGAAGAGCUGUGCGAUCUCAAGUUUGUCGAAUUUCUCAACCUAAGUGACAAUCCGAUAGAAUGUUUACCGGAAGCGAUAGGGAAAUUGAAAAACAUAACCACGCUCUGGUGUAAUGACAUGCUGCUGAGUCAACUGCCCUCGUCGUUCGGCUCGAUGCGGAGGUUGAAAACUUUUGGCGCCCGGAAUAACCAGCUGGUCGCACUGCCGAGUUCCUUCGGUAGGCUACGGCGGUUGAAGUGGCUUUCGCUGGAGGGAAACCGCAUCAGUGUGAUGCCGGAGUCGUUUGAAUUGCUUCGAAACUUGACCCAUCUCAACAUGAAAGGGAACGAUUUCGUUCAGUUUCCGAUCGAACUUUUUCCGCUACGGCACUUAAAGUUCUGUUCCCUCGCCAACAAUUCAAUCAUGGCUGUCUCGGAAGCGGCACUUGAAAAUGCCAAUUUCAUCAAUACGCUAGAGUUGGGUGGGAAUCCAGUCGAUGUUGGUCAUUACGAAAAUUUCGGAAAUAUACAUGAUAAAAGACUGCGGUUGCAGCUUGACCUGACGGACGAAACGGUACAAGAGGAAUGGGAACACAGCUUGCCGAACAGUGAACUAAAUUCCCCCGAUACCAGCGGUGAUGAUACGGACAUGGAACCGUACGAGUUCGAUCUGCCGAAAUUGGCGAAAUACUGCUGUCCCAUGUGAUAAACCCGACUAUACGAUGGAUGUGAUG